CGCGCUGUCACACUCCUCGUGCACGGCGCAGAAAAUGAUGGCACGCGCUUGGAUUCUCUUCCCAGUGACACUUUUAUUGACUUUCCCAACAGGCUUCUUCAAGCCAGUUAUCACUCCCGAUGUUCCUCACCUGGUCAUUCUAAAGGGUGGGCAACUAGAGCUGCGCUGUGAAGACAACACAAGGCUUGGUGCCAACACAUUGCGAUGGCACCGGGAUAAAGGCAGAAGGGUUGAGGGAGAACAAGAGGAAGAUGGAGCAACUGUUAUCAACCUCACCUCUGUCCAGCCGCAACACAUGGGCCGCUAUACCUGCAAGAGCACUCAAACAGGAGAAACGAGCUCCAUCUACAUUUAUGUGAAAGAUCUGGAGAGCGCAUUUGUGCGCUCCAUGGUGAACGGCUUGCUAGCGAGAGAGGGCGAAGACUGCACUUUGCCGUGCUUAGUGACCGAUCCAGCCGUGACUCGUUUGUCUCUACUGACCUGUAGUGGCACCGCUGUGCCAGCUGGCCUUUCGUUCACGGCUGACCCACAGAAAGGCAUCAUCAUCCAUAACAUCACCAAGGCGUUCGACGGAUGCUAUGUUUGCACUGGUCUCAUGGGCGGAACGACGGUGAAAUCAAGCCAGUAUGAUGUGAACGUGAGACAAGUUCCAGGCUCUGUACCAGUAAUAAGUCUAUCCAAAUCAGAAAGUGUGAUAUUGAUGAAGGGCGAAGCGCUCGAGCUCAUCUGCAGCACCUCUAACAUCAACCAUGACAUCCAUUUGAUGUGGAGCUACCCUUCAGGAGCGAAUGCACUGGAGUCACAUGCCUCUCACAUCCUGCCUGGUUCCUGGGGCUACAAGCGAUCAUCCACCCUCUGGAUUAGCUCUGCCGGGACGAACGACUCUGGAAUUUAUAUCUGCCAAGCCCAGAAUGAGAAGGGUGUCUCCAAUGCCACCGUUCACCUUGAUGUUUACGAGCAUGGAUUCAUUAACAUAACUGAAGGAGAGAACAGAGCCAUGGACGUGCGAGAGGGAGAGAGUCUGACACUGCGAGUAGAGAUGACCUCAUACCCCAAGCCAAAUGCUGCAUACUGGACUUAUAACAACCAACAGCUCAAAAACACCUCUGAGCACGUUAUCACACUACAUAACCAGCAAUAUAGGUACAUCAGUGAGCUGAAGUUGGUCCGUGUUCAUGGCUCCGAAGGCGGCAUCUACACUUUCUCAGCCAGUCACGAUUAUGCGUCUGUCAAUAACUCAUUCUUCGUCCAUGUCAAUUGUAAGCCGAUGAUUGUUUCUCAGGAGGGGCCGAUCGAUGGACAGGUGAAAUGUGUUGCAUCAGGAUACCCUGCUCCAAAAAUAUCCUGGUACUAUUGUGAACCACGACACACACGAUGUUCUCAGCUGAUGAACGCCACACAGGAAGACGAGGACGCAGCUAUAGUGAGUUUGUCUGUGUCAAAGUUUGGCCGCACCAAGGUAGAGAGCCGCCUCAACAUCACCAAGGGAAAAUACCACACCCUGGAGUGUGUAGCAACUACACAGGGAGAACAGGCGUAUACACUCUUCUCCAUCAGCGAGCGCACAGUUCCUCAUAAACUCUUCACCCCGCUACUGACUGGAGUCGUCACAGCUUCUGUACUGCUCAUGUUGUUUCUAAUCAUACUCCUCUACAAGUACAUGCAGAAACCUAAGUACGAGAUCCACUGGAAGGUGAUUGACAGUAUCCAUGGCAACAACUAUACCUAUAUCGACCCCACCCAGCUGCCUUAUGAUCCCAAGUGGGAAUUUCCACGAGAGAGGCUGCGUUUUGGUAAAAUCCUUGGUGCUGGAGCAUUUGGUAAAGUGGUGGCAGCUACAGCAUAUGGUCUUAGCUCACCUGACACGGUCACUACUGUUGCUGUAAAGAUGCUCAAGCCAAGCGCUCACUCCACUGAAAAGGAAGCUCUGAUGUCAGAGCUGAAGGUUCUGAGUUACCUUGGCAACCACAUGAAUAUUGUCAACCUGCUUGGUGCCUGUACUAUAGGAGGCCCGACUCUGGUGAUCACAGAGUACUGCUGUUAUGGUGACCUGCUGAAUUUUCUGAGAAGAAAGAGGGAGGAGUUUUUCAGCUUGAAAACAGGAGAUGGAUAUUAUAAAAACCUUCUAAGUCAGACACAAUCUUCAAGGGAAGGCGCAGAAAACGGCUACAUGCCUAUGAGAUCCCAUCAGAAGAAGUCUAAACAAACAGAAUGGAGCGAUGAUAAGGAUGACUUAUCUAUUGAUACUGAGGAUUUGCUCAGCUUCUCCUACCAAGUCGCCAAAGGCAUGGACUUCCUCACAUCCAAAAAUUGUAUCCAUAGAGAUCUGGCAGCAAGAAAUAUUUUACUGACCAAGGGUCGGGUUGCCAAGAUCUGUGACUUCGGCCUGGCUCGUGACAUCACCAAGGACUCCAACUAUGUUUUGAGGGGAAAUGCACGUCUUCCAGUCAAAUGGAUGUCUCCUGAGAGCCUGUUUUCAUGCGUCUAUACGUUCGAAAGUGAUGUUUGGUCCUAUGGCAUCUUACUGUGGGAGAUUUUCUCUCUAGGUAACAGCCCAUAUCCUGGAGUUCCAGUUGGUUCCAUGUUCUACAAGAUGAUACAGGAUGGGUACAGGAUGAGUGAGCCGGAAUUUGCUCCAAGUGAAAUUUAUGAGGUGAUGAGAUGGUGCUGGAGCUCUGAUCCUCUGAAGAGACCAACCUUCCGGAAAUUGGUAGAGAGGACUGAAAUGUUGCUCUCUGAAGCCACCAAACAUGUGUACUUGAAUCUCAGUGAGAACGGAGGCAGAAGUAUCAGCGAGUCAUUCGAUUGUCCAGGCCCGCAGAGAGCAGCGUCUCAGAGGCUGAGCUCAGUGGGCAGCACCACAGCAUCGACUCAGCCUCUUCUACUGGCCACCAAUGAUGUUUUUCUGGAGCAUGAGACUUGCUAAGGACCACUCACUCACCUAGCACUUCAAUUCUACUCACACUUUCUUUAGCUUUUUGCUUCUUUCUUGGGUUGUCAAUUUUUGGUUCUGUCAGAGCAGAGUAGAGCAAUCUCUUCAAAACUUCACUGCAUUUUAUUCAUACAUGCAAAUUUUCAUUUUUCAUUACAAUUAGAGCAAGUCCAUAGGCGGGUUAUCAGUCUCGUUUUAUCUAGGCCUUUCUUUAAAGAGUAAUUACACCCCAACAUGGUUAUUUUUGAAGUUAAAAAAUGAAAUGAAUCCAUCCAAACUGAAAACGGAGACCCACUACGUCCUUACCCGUACCUAACCUGUUCAUAAUGUCUAUCGGGAAUAAUACCGGUCCAUUUUCACACUGUGGAAACCUGCUUACAAACGAGUAACAUUACUAACCUGUGAACGCCUUGGCUAAACCGGUUGACUUCCCUGCAACAGAGGUUUUCUUUUGGCUACAAGUCUGUACAACCACUUUGUGGCAUUAUUAACAGUAAUAAAUAGAAUAUUUUGACAGUUAAGAUAAUGUUAAGAGCACUCUAGUUGCUUAUAAGCAAAUAGAAGUAGCUAUUUAUGCUAGUACUAGACCUUUUUUUGCGUAUUUAUCACUGUAGCUUUAUAGACAGCGUAAUUAAGUGCCACAAACAGAUGCAACCUGAUGUGGAAUUAGUGUUAUCACUACUACUACAGUGG